AUGUCCUCCCCUCACACCGGCGGCACUCUCUCCGAAAUGGCCCCCUCAGGCACCACCAUUCCCAACAACGCUGGCAUCCAAAACACAAUCCCCUCCGUCCCGCGCCCCGACCAACGCUCCGAAAACCCGCAAUUCGACAACGCAGGCCUCGCUGAGCCAACCUCCGCCUUCGCAGCUGACAACGCCACCGAUCUGCCCCGCAGCACUAGAGACGUGGGCACUACGGGCGAGGUGGUCACAGGCACGGGGAAUAGUAUUGGGGCGGGGGUAGAGAGGAAGAGGACGCAGGGAGCGAAUGAUCCGGGGGCGAGGGGGGAUGUGAGAAAUUUGAAGCAUGGGAAUUUGAAUCGCAGUGCGUUUGAAAGGUUUGCGAAGGAGGAUGAGGAUUCGUGGGAGAAGGUUGGGGAGCAUUUUGGAAGGAACGCAGGGGAUUGA